ACGAACGAUGCAGGUCCCCAGCGGCGGAGUCCGAAUUCUUAAAUGCUUCCUGCAUCCAGCGGGAUUGUUUGCCAAACGGGAAUCGAGCUGGAUCAUGAGCAGUCCCUUCCAAACACAAUCUUCUAGAGUGAAUCGAGCCGCGAUCAGAUUGCAGCACUUGUCCAGUACGCUCGUCGGGGGUUCGACAUUGGUCGUUGAUUCGCUUCACAAACGUCCUUUCGUCGACCAUAAUCAAACGCAGAGACAGAUCCACGAACAGCACGCACUCAGAGCCCAGUCGGGAGACAUGGCCCAGCAAGCGAAGUUCGCCUACACCGUUGUGUACGUGCCUGAUGUUCAAGAGGCAGUGGACUUCUACCAGAAAGCCUUCGGAGUGAAGUGCCGCAGCGUAGACGAUAGUAAGAGAUGGGGAGAGAUGGAGUCUGGAGCAACCACGAUCGCCUUCACUCCUCUGAAGCAGCGAGAGACUAAAUUGACCGGAGGUGUUCAAACCGCUGACUUAUCAGAGCAACGCCACAACGUAGAGCUUUCCUUCAGUUACCCCGACGUUGAUGCUGCCUUUAAGCAUGCAGUGGAGGCCGGGGCUGUGCCAGUUGCGCAUCCCGAGGAUAAGGAAUGGGGACAAAGAGUUGGGUACGUCCGUGACAUUAACGGUGUGAUGAUUCGAAUUGGCAGUUUCGUCGAGUCUUAAUCAAACGAAUAAGCCUCGACGUCUGGAUGAAAUCUCGUCAGCUUAUCCAUAUGCAAUUUCUGCUUCUGGAUAAUUCAAAGAAAUUUCUCAAUCGACUGGGAAUUGACCGAGUAGGGAAUGUUUGAGAGACUUGUGGUUUAAAAAUAUAGAACUCGACGCAUGAAAUUUAGCAUUCUCUUGCAGAUUUUUACUCAUCUAUGUUAGCAGAUUGGUACAAAGCUUAUUCUUGAGAAGACAUAGAGCAGUGGGUAAAGUAGAUCGUUACUUCCACGAAUGUAGUGCGCAAUGUUCAGACGAGGAGAAAUCCUGAACUUGUAAAGAGAACAUUGGAAAGAAAGUUCGA